GACACAAAAAUAAACAUUCUUUCAUAACUGGUUUAGAUUAGAUUAAUUUUUAUUUAAUAUACUUUAAAUGCUUUUUCUUGAUUAUAUUUUAGUACUUACGUAUUAAAUACAUAUUUUAGCAUUAAUAUGUUCGGACCAUUAACUUUAGAAAACUCGAGGUACGAUACAGGGGGGUUGACCGAUAUAGAAACUAAAUGUUUGUUAUGCGAAGACAGUUUUAACUUACAGCUUCGCCUGGAUAUAUAUUUAAAACACCUUUUCUGCGUUCAUAACUGUGUAAUUGAAGACGCGCAAAAUAUAAAAAACCUUCCAGAAUACAUGAAGUACUGGAGAGAGAGAUUCAGUUCCGCAUCAGUAAAUGAAAUAAUACCUUCUGUUAAAAUUGAUUCAACUGAAAAUCAGUACUUUGUCUUUAGUACUCUACUAAAAGAAGACAAAGAAUUGAGACACAAAAUAACUUUAGAAUAUGUUUUAAAGGUUCAGGAGUUUGAGAGGACUGAUAGAAAUUUUAUCAAACAGUGCUUGUUUUGUAAACACCAAUCAGAAGGGUUGAGAAAGGAUUACUUAGACCAUCUUUCACAACAGCAUAAUUUACAAUUAGGCAAUCCCCAGAAUUUGGUGUUUAUUGAUGACCUUAUAAAUCACAUAGAGGCAAAAUUACAAUCGUUAAUUUGUGUUUUUUGUGAAGGACAUUUUUCUGAUCGCAACAUUCUAAAAGAACACAUGAGAAAGAAAUUGCAUAAAAGAAUAAAUCCAGAGAAUUGUGAAUAUGAUAAGUUCUAUAUUGUAAAUUACUUAGAACUGGGGAAAAAUUGGAGAGUUAUAGAGAAAGAAGAUGAUAGGUAUGCUUUAUCAAUAGGAGAGACUGAAAAUAAUGAUGAAGAAUAUUCAGACUGGAAUGAAAGAGGCGAUACUAUCAGUUGUUUGUUUUGUACCACAACGGAAACUGAUAUAAACCAGUUAUGUUUACAUAUGCAAAAGACACAUGAUUUUGAUUUUACAGUUGCAACAAAGAGUUUAGAUUUUUACCAAAAAGUAAAGCUGGUGAAUUAUAUUCGAAAAAUGAUUCACAAUAAAACAUGUCCUUGUUGUGAAAAUGUUGAGAAAAGCAACGUAGCUUUAGAAGUUCAUUUGAGGAAUAUGCAGCACUGUAAAAUACCGGAUGUUGAUGUUUUCAAUCAACCAGAAUUUUAUUUUCCAACAUAUGAGAAUGAUGCAUUCUUAUACCUUAUCGAAGAUCUAGAAGAUUGAAGAAUAUUUUUCAAUAAAAAAUAAGUUCAAAUGUGAUUAAAUAGUAGAAGCUUUGGCAUCAUCAGGGAUUUUCUACAAUAAUUAUUUCUUAAUAUACUUUUGUUUUAUUUAUUUAUUUAUAUUUCCACUUUUUUGUAUAAUAUAUUUUAUUAGUUAAAAUGUU